CCCGCACAAUAUGAAAUCAUCACUGAUGCGUACCAUUCCUGGGCUCUUCUCUCUAUAUCUCUUUCUUCUGCCGUUGUGUGAUGCUUUACAUACAAAUAACUGGGCCGUCUUAGUAGAUACAUCACGGUUCUGGUUCAAUUACCGUCAUGCUGGAAAUAUACUGGGUGUUUACCGUAGCAUCAAGCGUUUGGGCAUUCCUGACAGCCGAAUCAUUUUAAUGGUUGCAGAUCAUUAUGCUUGUAAUCCCAGGAAUCCUAGGCCUGGCACCGUUUACCAAAGUGCAUAUAAUCCAAUCGAUCUCUACGGUGACGACAUUGAGGUGGAUUAUCGAGGAUAUGAAGUCACAGUUGACAAUUUCAUACGAGUAGUUACUGGACGCUUGCCUCCCUCGGCACCCUCAUCUAAGCGGCUAAACAGUGACCAAUUCAGUAAUAUACUCAUUUACAUGACAGGGCAUGGAGGUGAUGGGUUCUUGAAGUUUCAGGAUGAUUCAGAACUCUCUAGUGAUGAGCUUGCCGAUGUAAUUAACCAGAUGUGGCUCCGUCGAAGGUUCAAUCAUCUCAUACAUAUUACUGAUACGUGUCAGGCUGAAUCGAUGGGGAAGAAAAUUUACUCUCCGAACGUUAUAACGAUCGGAAGCAGUAAAAUUGGCGAGGACUCUUUUUCGCAUCAUUUGGACUCCGCCAUCGGUGUAUAUGUCGCUGACCGAUACUCUUACCAUGCUCUGCAGUUUUUGGAAAAGCUCAACCCAGACAGCCAAAAGAAAAUGGAUGAGUUUUUAGCCAUUUGUCCGUUCUCGGAGUGCCACUCACACGUUUCUGUCAGAACUGAUUUAUUUCCAAAAGAUCCAAGAAAUGUCUUGGUCACUGAUUUCUUUUCCAGUAACCAUCACAUACAAGAUGGUUCUCAUCUGCUUGGAAAACCUCUUAAUAUCUCUAUAGACACAAAACCGCUCAAGUAA